AUGUCGCGGAACGGAGAUAUUAGAGGUUUCUUCAGGCCCGGCCCCGCCAAGCCUCUGUCUCAGGAUCGGACACCCUCAUCACAGCCAUCAUUAGACCUGCCCUCAUCGCCCCGAACCCCGCCGAAACCAGCGCCGAGGGUGCUCAGCCGCACCGACGAGAUCAAGGGGUCCGAUGACGACGAGGGUGACUCGGACGAUUCGCUCGAGUCCAUCUCCGCCUUCAUCGGACAGAGGUCGGGACCUGCCGCGCACCGCCGGGAGCCCAGCACCUUCUCCACCCCGCAGGCCAAACGGAUAGCAUCCGGCGUCCAUCGGUCCCCGCUGACGCUCCAGCCCAAGAAGCACAAGUUUGAUCUCAAGGCCCUGAUCAACCACACCCGGCUGGAGGAACGGAUAGACGAGAGCGCCAAGAGAGCCGAGGACCUCAUCAACGAAGGAGAUGACGAUGAUGAUGUGGCAGAUGCCUCAGACCUCGAGGGUGACCCUAAGCAGUUCCAGGAGGCGGCCAAGGAGCUGCUCAUUGGCGACGAAGAGGAGGCCAAAGGCGACAAAAUCGCUAGGGCCAUGAAGCGCACUAAGGUCGCCGGGACUCGCAAGCGGUGCUACUUCUUCGAACUGGACCAGCCCCUAUUCAAGCCUCCCCGGAGCCCUUUUCCCGAAAAGAAGGCAAAGGGCUGUUGGCAGUGUCUGGUUGAAUCUGUCACACGGGAUCAAGCUUUCAUCCAUGGCCUGCCGUGUGUGCUCGUCUCCAAGGGGAAGGCUCUUCCCGAUGAGUUGUACCAGUGGAUAUUAGACGAGAUGUGUGUCGAGAAGAACGCACAAUUGCGCAUGCAGUAUACCAACGUGAUCAGCAUGAGCAAGGACACCACAUCCCGCCUCAUUAACGAUAUGCAGAUGUACGCCAUGCUUGAGAGGCUUGGGGGACCGAGGUACGCCCGGGAGCACAGCAAAUUCGAGAGCUCAUCCGAAGUCGAGGAGCCGUACCGUGGGCGAGACUGGACGGGGCUGGAGACGUUUCUACAACUACUGGAACGCAUUGCGCCGGACUUGCAGAAAGCCAAUGUCAUCAGCGCUAUCCAGCUCCUGCUACGGAUGAGUCUCGAUCCCAUCGUGUCGACGAUAAACACUGUAGCUGAAAGGCACCUGGCCGCGAUGGACGCUCUGGUCUCAGCCCUGCCCAGGUCCGGGUCUCAAUGGGAUACAGCCUGCGAAGCCAUAUGUUCCUACCUCUACGAGAACAUCGACGACAUCGUGCUACGCGCGCUGCCCAUCACGCUGCUCCCCAAGGCCACCGCGCAGCAGCUCGACCUGCGGCGCCGCCUGGCGGCCGAAUCCCUCUUCCACAGCCCGGGAAUGGGCAGCCGGCCGCUCGAGGGCGUCCUGACGACCGAGCACAUCCGCGACCGGCUGGACGAGCCCGAUUUCAAGAUCCGGCACUCGACCAACUUCGAGGCGCUGCGGGCGCUCAUCGCGCUGCUCGACAUCGUGAUCGGGGACGCGCAGUUCAUGCGCUCGUCGCCUGUUCCUUCUUCUGACACCACCGCCACAUCUACGUCCACUGCCACUACCACUCCCAGCGGCAGCAGGAACAAUAAUACUAACCAUAAUAAUAAAACCGACGAGAAUCAAAACAACAACAAUCACACGAAGAGCACAACCACCAAACCCCGCUCCAACAAAGAACCCUACUCCUCCAACAAGAAACCCUACCACCCCACCGACCGCGCCUUCGACACCGAGAUGGACGCCCUGACCUUCCGCCUGAAAGCAGUGCACGACGCGAUCCUCGACAGCAACCUGGUGUCCCGGAAAGAGGCCAAGGCCGACAUCGACGCCCUGUCGAAGCGGCUCACGUACUCGGUGCGCACGCGGCCGCCGCCCAAGACGGACAUCUUUGAUAUGUAUGAUGAGAAAAAGAGGCGUGAGGAGGAGGAGGCGGAGGAGGAUAAGCCGCGGCAGCGGGCGUUUAUGAAGAGUUGGACAAAGAGGGGAUUGUGGUUGGGGGUGGGGAGGAUGGUGGGGGGGGUAGAUGCGAAGGGGGAGGCAGGUGAGGGUGCGAAUGAGGACGGGAACGGGGAGGAUGGUGCUGAUUCUGCGGACGUGAUGAGCGACUCAUGA